UUGAGUGAGGGUUAGGAUUUGAAAACGAAUUAAGAUGGUGUUGAAUAAGAGAAGUAAUUCAGGAGUAGAAGUAGAAGAGGAGGGCCAUGGCGGUGGACGAGGAUACACAGAAGAUGGAACAGUAGACCUCAGAGGAAACCCAGUCCUUCGAUCGAAACGUGGUGGCUGGAGGGCUUGUUCCUUUGUCGUUGUGUACGAGGUGUUUGAAAGGAUGGCAUAUUACGGAAUAUCAUCGAAUCUGGUAAUAUACCUAACGAAGAAGCUCCGACAAGGGACAGUAACCUCGUCAAACAACGUCACAAACUGGGUGGGUACCAUUUGGAUGACUCCUAUUCUCGGAGCUUACUUUGCUGACGCCGUCCUUGGCCGUUACUGGACUUUCAUUAUCUGUGCAGCAAUAUAUCUAUCAGGAAUGUGCUUACUCACACUAUCAGUUUCACUACCCGGACUAAAGCCUCCAAGUUGUGAUUCUGGGACCGACUGCAAGAAAGUUUCAACGUUGCAGCUAGCCGUAUUCUUUGGGGCCCUUUAUACACUUGCUGUCGGAACAGGUGGCACCAAGCCUAAUAUCUCCACCAUUGGCGCUGAUCAAUUCGAUGACUUUGACCCAAAAGAGAAGGCUCAAAAACUUUCCUUCUUUAAUUGGUGGAUGUUUAGCAUCUUCUUCGGUACCCUCUUUGCUAACACAGUUCUCGUCUACAUACAAGACAAUGUCGGAUGGUCCCUGGGUUAUGGCCUCCCUACUCUUGGCCUUUUGAUAUCGAUAUUGAUAUUCUUGGCUGGAACACCUUUUUACAGGCACAAGGUUCCGACCGGCAGCCCCUUCACUAAGAUGGGUAGGGUCAUUCUUGUUGCUGUGAAGAAGUGGAAGGUACCUCUCCCCACUGACCCAAAACAACUUUAUGAACUUGACCCGACUGAGUAUUCUAAGAAAGGAAAAUAUAGGAUCGAUUCCACUCCCACACUCAGGUUCUUAAACAAGGCAUGCGUUAGAACAGAGGACAUCACAAUUCCAUGGAUGCUAUGUCCUGUAACCGAGGUUGAAGAAACCAAACAAAUACUAAGAAUGAUCCCGAUCUUGAUAGCAACCAUUAUCCCAAGCACAAUGAUCGCACAGAUUAGUACACUUUUUGUUAAGCAAGGAACAACUCUCGAGAGAAAAAUCGGAAGCUUUGAAAUCCCACCAGCCAGCUUAGCAGGAUUUGUGACCCUUUCCAUGCUUAUAUGCGUAGUGCUUUAUGACCGCUUCUUUGUCAAAAUAAUGGCAAAAUGGACCAAAAACCCACGAGGGAUCACACUCCUCCAAAGAAUGGGAACAGGCAUGGUUAUUCACAUCAUCAUAAUGGUAGUAGCAUCUUUAACUGAUAGAUAUAGGCUAAGUGUCGCCAAAGAUCAUGGUGUAGUGGAGAGUGGGAAGCAAGUUCCUUUGUCAAUAUUCGUCCUGCUACCUCAGUUCGUAUUAAUGGGAAUGGCAGAUUCAUUUCUUGAGGUGGCCAAGAUUGAGUUCUUCUAUGAUCAAGCACCCGAAAGCAUGAAGAGUCUUGGGACAUCAUAUUCCAUGACAAGCCUUGGGCUUGGAAGUUUCUUUAGUAGUUUUCUCUUAUCUACGGUUUCUCAUAUUACCAUGAGGAAUGGUCAUAAGGGGUGGAUCUUGAAUAACCUCAAUGCCUCUCAUCUCGACUAUUACUAUGCUUUUUUUGCCGUGCUCAACCUUUUGAACUUCAUUUUCUUUCUUGUAAUGACCAAGUUUUAUGUAUACAAAGCUGAGGUCUCAGACUCUAUGAUCAUUCUUCAAGAAGAGUUGAAGUCAAACAUUGAACAUACAGUUGCUAAACAAGAAGCGGCAUCAAGAUUCAACUUGACUUGAAGAUCUAAUCUUGAAAAAAGAAAAUAUUUAUAAUGAAAUAUAAAAGGAUUGAUUUUUGUACGUAAAACUGUAUACGUACAUGUGAUGUUGGUGCAUUGUUGUAAACAUGUAUGUGUAGUUGUUUCUCUGUUUUUGAUCAUGUUGCACCAAUGAUUUUGUAUAACAAUGCAUUUAGAAGAUGAAAUUAUUUACAGAAAAUGAAUAUACAUUGUACAAUGAAUGAAGAAUAAA